CGUCUCUCUGGCUGCCAGGCGGCCACGGGAUUCCUUCUACUAAUCGUGUACUAUGCGCUUAGCAAGUGCAACCCACUCGAAACUGCGCCUUCGAAGAUUUCGCUACCACAAGCGACUCGCGCUCUGACCUGGUGGCGCAACAAUACGACGUCGGUAGCAUAAGCGGAACUGCGAAACUGCUUUAUUCAGCCAAACUUUUGAUCAUCUUCUAUCACUUACGACGUGCUACAACGUAUCAGGAUAUAAGGUGUCGAUCUCCGUCUGAGCUUGUCAUUCCACCAGCCAACAAUCACAAUGUCAACCUCCAAACCUCUAGCACUCGUGUACGGCGGGACCGGCACCACUGGAUCCUCCAUUGUUGCCGCCCUACUUGAACGGGGACACUUCGACGUCGGCAUAAUAACACGCCCGGUGUCUGCCUCCAAACCUGCAGUGCUCGGGCUCAAGGAGAAAGGCGUGCAUAUCCGCAUCGGCGACGCCGAGAAGGACGAUGUUGGAGCGCUUGCGAAGGCGUUGAGCGGGGCUUCGGUCCUCAUCAGCGCGGUGUCCGCGAGAGGACUGGAUACGCAAUUCCGUCUUUUCGAUGCUGCUAAGGCGGCAGGUGUGGAGCGGGUGGUUCCGUGUGAUUUCGGAACGUACACGCCGCGCGGGGUGCGCGCCAUGGCGGACUUGAAAUAUGACAUCAGGGAUCACAUCAAAAUCCUCGGCCUCGGUCACACCUUCAUUGAUGUCGGUUGGUGGAUGCAACUCUCCGUGCCGUUCCCUUCUUCGGUCAAAUCAGACUUUGUCGCGGGCCUCUCCCUCGAGUUCUGCGGCGAAGGCGACAAGAAGAACGCGAUCACGGACCUGAACGGCAUCGGCAAGUUCGUCGCGCGGAUCGUCGAGGACGAGUGCACGUUGAACCAAUACGUGUUCGUCUGGGGCGAGGAGCGGACGGAGGCAGAGUGCUGGGCCAUUGCACAGCGCGCGGCGGGCGAAGAUUUUGAGAGCAGGAAGACGCGCAUGACGGGCGAGGACUUGCUUAGGCGUGCCAAAGAGGCCAAGGAAAAAAUCCUUGCGCUUCCCGACCCGAAGGCGGCGGAUUUUACGACGCACGUCUAUCAGUCCUUUACUGAGUACCAGUACAGCAUCCAUAUUCGCGGGGACAACACGGUUGCGAACGCGAAGGCCGCUGGGGCACUGGACGCACGGGAGCUGUACCCCGAUGUGGAGGUGACGAGCUUCGAGGAAUUCGCUAAAGGGUUCUAUGCCAGCCCACCAUCUCUGUACGAUGAUGGCUACUGAAUGUUUAAUGUUGGGCUGGGUCAUAUAUGUAUA